GGGUCCUCGCGCACGCAUAGAUUUAACCAAUAACUUGCACCAUGUGCAAUAUGAUCGAAGAAUUAGGAAGGUAGAAAGUUCUACUUCCUGAAAUAUCUGCAAGUUCAGGGUCGAGGCUAUAACCAUCUGCAUCUUCCUGUACGGCUUCGAUAUUGAUGAUGUAGCAUUGUCCUAUCACCAGCUACACGUGCAUGUGCUUAGUGCACUGCUGUCAAAUGCAGGCCAACGGCCGGCGGUCGCCGGGGAGUGUAUAUGAAGCAACAAGAAUCUUCGAUUUCACGACUUAAUCUCAACGGCAAGUAGUAUCUUUAUUGGUAUUCAUGAUGUUCGGUCUCGAGGUGAUAACAAUUGCAGCUUUAUCUGGGGUUGCUCUGGCUGCUCCCCAGAAUAUUCAGUAUCACGAGACUACUGACAAUUCAUGGAAAAGUCGAAUAAAAAAUGUUGUCGUUCUCGUCGAAGAGAAUAGAUCGUUUGAUACCUUCGCGGGUGGUCUUAGCUACAACCCAUCUAUUGAUGGAUUGUUACACCACAAUUAUUGUAAUUCAAUGAAUGCGUCAAACCCUGGGCAAAAGGCUGAUGUGUGUGCUGGGCCUCGUGCCAACGAUGUUGCAGCAGACGAUCCAAACCACAGUAUAAGUGGUGUUAACAUGCAACUCUUUACAACAUAUCAUCCAUCUGGAAAACAAUCCGAAAGCAUGCGUGGUUUCGUGACAGAACAAUCCAUCACCUACAGCACCUUGAACAAAACUCGUGCCGCUGAAGCCAUCAACUACUACACCCCUGAACAAGUCAAAGUCUUCAACACAAUGGCCGAAAAUUUCGUUCUUUUCGACCGCUGGUUCGCUUCUGUCCCGGGCCCUACCAACCCCAAUCGUGCCUACAUCACGAGUGGAACAUCGCAUGGACACGGCAAAAAUGAUAACGCUUUCAACGUUUACGGUCUUCCCGUGAAAUCCAUCUUUGAACAGCUUUCCGAAAAUGACAUCACCUGGAUGAACUACCAGAACUCUACCAUGGGACCCGGCCUCGGUUUCAACCCAGAUGCCGCAUUCUACAACUGGACCCUUACCUCUGGCGCAUAUGAAACUAACAUUGCCCCCUUGACAAAAUUCUACGAGGAUGCGGCUGCAGGCACACUGCCACAGUUCACAUACAUCAACCCAGAGUGCUGCUCCUAUCAGUCAUUCCAUCCCCCAUCACCCAUCACCUCCGGCGAAAGCUUCAUCAAAGGAAUCUAUGAAGCUAUUCGAUCGUCCCCACAAUGGAACGAAACCCUUUUUAUCCUCACAUUCGACGAGCACGGAGGUUUCGGCGACCAUGUUCCUCCCCCCUCAAACGUACCGGCUGGAGAUGAUCUCACAUAUACUGAAAAAGCCCCCGAUGGAAAUAACAUGACAUUUGAUUUCAAACGCUUGGGUGUCCGCGUUCCAACGCUUUUGAUAAGCCCGUGGGUUGGCAAGGGAGUGGUGGAGAAGAAGGGAAAGAACAAGGGAGGCGAGUACACGCACACAAGUAUUAUUGGAUUCUUGGAUGAGCUUUGGGGAUUGGAUCCAUUGACUCCAAGAGUUAGCUGGAGUAGUACAUUUGAGGGAUUGAUUACAAAUAAGUUGAGGACGGAUACACCAGUCACUUUACCGGAUCCUUUAGCUUGGACUUAAGAGACAACAUUUUGUAGGGCUAACAGAUGAAUCUCAUCUUGAAUCAUUCGAAACCCCAGAAUAAAGAUUUAUCUAAGCGCCAGAUAGAUUACUGCAGUAGACUUGGGAUGUACCACUCAAAUAUAUUCUCCCAAUAUUCCGUUCGAGCCUGUCCAUAGAGGGACUAAAAAAACUGCCGUGAUUAGGAAUCUUCGUUCGCUGUAUAUAGUACUGAGAAAUCCAAAUAUAAAUAUAACCAGGGAAAGAGAUGUAAUUUUCAUGCCCUUCA